UGGUUCCGUGCACCCCUUCCUAAGAAGGGUCCUGCACCCUCAGUUCAGAGUCAGGAAACCAUGUGCAUGGAGGAUCUGUGAGGGCAGGUGGUUCAGGCGGCCAUUUGAUGCUAGAACCUGGCUUCAAUAACUUGAGCAGUUCUUCCUCCAGAUUUCAGCAGGUAUCAUCACCCUGUGCUCAGGCCAGGAGGUGCCCUCAUUGGUCUCUUGCUUUUCCGGUCAGCCCUAUAAGCCUUGUCCACCACCCAUUAUCUUCUGGGCAUGAAUCCCUGUAUUUUUCAUUCCUAUUUUACAAACUCUUCUCAUCUCCUUACAUUGUCCUCCAUCCCUCCUCUUGAAUCUGUCACCUGUCUUCCUACUGUUGGGUGCAGUGUCUCCAGGACACCCUCCUUUGUCUUUGUUCUCUCUGCUGCUGGGAGAACACACUCAAGUCCUUGUCAUUACCUCUUCCCUCUAUCCCCACCACAUCUUCUUCCUGUCAGACCCACUCAUUGGUUCUUAUGAAGGCUUCUCCUUCAAAGGAAGAUUCAGAGAUGUGACCUCCUAGAAAAGUUCUGUCCUUGUUUGUAAUUGGUGAAAAGCCCAAUUCUACAUAGAAAUGCUCAGAGAUUCCUCCAGACAGAAGGGAGAAUUGCUUUCCUGUGAAAACCCAGCCUCUGAUCCUCAUCACGCUCCAUGUCAAUAACAACAACAAUAAAUAAGGCCACGAGUGUGCUAUUUUUGGUUGAGCUAAAACUGAAUGUUUUGGCUCAGCAUUAGUAUUUUUCUCACCAAAAAUUGGGAACAGUAGAGAUGUAGCAGGAAAUGGAGAUUUAGAAGAAGGACUGACUGCUGGGCCUAGUGGGUGGCUUGUGGAAGGGCUGUUCCCAGUAUAUGGUCCCAGCAUUCUAUGGGAAAAGACCAAAGAGGGACCAAGAGGAAAGGGGAGCAACUAACACUCUGGCCACUUUAGGGAAUGAGGUGAUUGCAGUAGACUGGAAAGGCCUGAAGGAUGUGGAUCAAAUCAACAUGGACAGCACCAGCUCACUGCAUGGAAGCAGCCUUCACCGGCCUUCUACGGAGCAAACACGAACUGAUUUCUCCUGGGAUGGCAUCAAUCUCUCUAUGGAAGACACCACCUCCAUCCUUCCGAAGCUUAAGCGAAACUCUAAUGCGUAUGGCAUUGGGGCCCUGGCCAAGUCAUCAUUCUCAGGAAUCUCAAGAAGCAUGAAGGACCAUGUGACGAAGCCCACUGCCAUGGGUCAAGGACGAGUGGCCCACAUGAUUGAGUGGCAGGGCUGGGGGAAGACCCCAACCAUUCAGCCACAACACAGCCAUGAGGCAGUGCGCAGGGAUACAGAUGCCUACUCCGACCUCAGUGAUGGCGAGAAGGAGGCGCGUUUCCUAGCAGGUGUCAUGGAACAGUUUGCUAUUUCUGAGGCCACUCUUAUGGCCUGGUCAUCCAUGGAUGGCGAGGACAUGAGUGUCAACUCUGCCCAGGAGCCACUGGGCUGCAACUACAGUGACAACUACCAGGAGUUGAUGGAGAGUCAGGAUGCCCUUGCCCAAGCCCCCAUGGAUGGAUGGCCUCACUCCUAUGUGUCCCAGGGCAUGUACUGUCUGGGGUCAUCAGAUGCCUGGGAAGCAAGCGACCAGUCCCUCAUUGCCUCUCCGGCCACAGGAUCCUAUCUUGGCCCUGCAUUCGAUGACUCGCAGCCUAGCCUGCAUGACAUGGGGCCUCCCCAGCCUGCUUCAGGGUACUCUGCUCAGGAGCCUCCGGCUUUGCUGGGAGGAGACACUGACUGGGCACCAGGGGGUGGUGGGGUGGACCUGGCCAGAGGCCCUGCUGAGGACGAGAAGAGGCCGCUGGCCCCUGAGGAGGAAGAGGAUGCUGGAUGCCGGGACCUGGAGUCACUUUCCCCACGAGAAGAUCCUGAGGUGUCCACUGCUCUCAGCCGGAAGGUGUCUGACGUCACAUCCUCAGGUGUGCAGUCCUUUGAUGAGGAGGAGGGUGAGGCCAACAACUAGCUUCCUCACUUCCUGCUCCUACCUGAGGGGCAUGGCUGCAAACCGUACCCCUCCUUUGCCCCACAGCACAGCUGAGCUGGGCAGAAGACAGUGGGGAACCUGGGAGCUUCCAGCCCUCGCCCGCCAAGUGGAGGACCAGAAAGGGGUUUUAUCUAGGCAAACACUAGAAACCACAAGUCUGAACUGAGACCCAGGCUGCUGAAUGGCAGUGAACCUGGCGAGCUGUGGGAGAAGAGCUACAGAGGUGGGCUUCUGGUUCUGUGCCCAUGUGCAUGUGGCAACAGCAGUGCAGAGAGACCAUGCUGGAACUGGAUCUCAGUUCUUCACUCCCUGAUUUCGUCUUCCAGGAGCCUUGGCUGUGCUGUUUGAAUGCCUCCUUUCUCCAUUUCACUCUUGCUUUUCCUGACUCUGUUUUCUCUGGCUGUGAGGAGCAGACCUCAGGGACUGUUGGAUGUGGCUUGAGAGGCACAGGGGAGUGACCUGAAGGGCACGUCUGUGUCUGGGUGGAUGGACAGUCUGCCCUCCGUGGGGAAUUUGGAUCCUGAUCUCAGGAGGUGGGUCUGGCAGCUGGGGGCACAAGUGUGAUUCUUUAUCUCAAGGUCUGCCCAAAGACAAGAAGGUCACUGAUGAGACCAAGAACAAACAUGGCUACUUGUUCUGGGCUCUUGAAUGUCCUGUGGCUAAAAGGAGGAUCCUAAGGUUGGGAGAAAACACUUACCUGGGGCCGGCUGCUUUAGCUCUGGCUCCCUUCCUGCCUUCUUCCAUCCCUUGCUCCAGGAGCCCAGCCCUGAGGAGAAUGGGGGGACACCAGUCUCAGAUCCACUGACCUGGAGGCAGUGUUCCUGCCAGUGGGGGGAGCAUGCGCCUGGGUCUCCCCCUACCCACCCCUAAUUCUCUGGAGCUGUUUACACUUUUCUCUUUGCCUUUUCUACAUUUUUAUACCUUCUUGGGGACUCAGGUUUGAGCCGGGUGGAAGGAGGAGUCUGGUGCUGUCAUUGCCCUGGCUGGGCUGGGCUAGUGGCUGCGGGCCAGGGUGGGCACUGGCUUCUACCCCUUCAUCAGCUCUUCCCACGACUCCCAAGAUGGCCUCCCAGGUGUCCUGCCUCUGUCCCUAGGCCACCUGCUGGAGGAAGAGGGGAGAACCAGUGCGUUCUUCCUUCCUGGAUGGGUUUGCCAGGAGGCACAAGCUUCCCUACUCACACUGAUUCCCCUGGGGUUUUGAGACCAUGGGGACGUGGAGCACCAAAUUAAACCAGGACACCUGCAAGGGGCAGAAGAGCGGGACUGGAGCAAAGAUGGGGAGCAUCUCACCCCUGCCACUCCAGAGGUGGCCCACACCUGCCCCUGGCAUGAGUGGAGUUUAAACUGAAGAAGCCUAAGGCUCCUGUCCCUGUUCCCUGCUUCCUAGUUCUCCUGUAAGCUCCUGCUGCUGAGUCCUCCUGCACUGUCAGGGGACCUAUUGCUUGGUUCUCUGUCAGGAUGGGAGCAUUGUUGUCCUUCCCCAGAUCCUGGGUGCAAUCCCCCCACCCCUGGCUUUGGAAUGCAGUUGAGAGUUAGUGUGCUUCUGUUCAUCUGUGACCCUGCCCCCCACCCCAUGCAUAGGCGCUCAUGAGGUGGCAGGCAUCUGGGUUCUGAGCAGGGGAGGCUAGCAAUGUUGAGCUUGGCUCUUGUAGGACAUAGGAGUAGGUAUGGUAAGCCAAGGUAAGUGAACAGUCCCUGGCUUCACCUAGCGCUGCCUGUACAUGAAAAGAUACCUCGGGUUUAUCCACCUGUUGUUGCUCAGCAUACCAAGACCUUACUUCCAGGAGGUCUGGGAAAAGCCAGUGUGUCCACCUGGCAGCUGUCUCUGGCCCCAGACUCCUGCCCCAGGUCCUUGGCAUUUUGCAUGCUUACUCUAUUUUCCUGCCACUGGCUCCAUUUCCUCCCCUUGCCCAGCCUGCUCUACCAACACCAUUACCUUCUCCCUUUUUUUUCUCAACUCACCAGUGCCCCCAAUUCUUCCCCCAGAUCCCAGUGGACUGCAAUCCAGGGAGUAGGUUUCAUUCAUUACAGUUCCCUUUGCUCAGGACCCUGGGGAGUGGGGAAAGGUAGACUAGAACAGCUUUCUUUCCCCCCUCCCUUUCCCAGGAAAGCCAAAUGGUCCCUGAUGAGAGGUAGAUAAAGAUCAGAAGGCACCUAGUCAGGUUCAUGCAGAAGCAGGGACUUGGUGUGCCAAAGGUGCUGGCACAUCCUUGUAGGCAGAGUCAGGGGUGUCUGCCUUUAGCCAGGAGCCCUGCCCCACUCUGAAGAGGAAGACUGUGGUGCUGGUGGGCAGUGGUGCGCUCUGGCAGAGGGACUGCCUCUGGUUCUGGGGCAGGGUGCAUGGGGAUUUCUUUUAGCCUAUUUUGGGGG